ACCCCCGUCAGACACUGUGAAGCCACGGGCUGUCGUGAUGUCGGAGCCCAAAGCGCCCACCCCGGCCCCUGGGGACACCUAUAAAGGCUGGCUCUUCAAAUGGACUAAUUACAUCAAGGGAUACCAAAGGCGAUGGUUUGUCCUGAGCAAUGGCUUGCUGUCUUACUACAGGACCCAGGCUGAGAUGGGUCACACAUGUCGGGGCACCAUAAACCUGGCCACGGCCAAUAUCGCGGUGGAGGAUUCAUGCAAUUUUGUCAUCUCUAAUGGGGGCACGCAGACGUAUCACCUGAAGGCCAGCUCGGAGGUGGAACGGCAGCGGUGGAUCACAGCACUGGAGCUGGCCAAAGCCAAAGCUUUCCGCAUGCAGGCUGAGUCAGAUGAUUCUGGGGAUGACUCCACUCCUCCAGCGGCAGGUCAGGGCGCAGGCUCGCGCAACUCAGAGGUGCAGUCCACCCUCCGGACGCUGGGCAGCAAGGUGGAGGAUCUCAGCACCUGCAACGACCUCAUCGCCAAACACGGCUCUGCUCUUCAGCGGUCCUUAUCUGAGCUGGAGGGCGUUCGGCUUGGAGGAGAGACGAGUGAAAAGAUUCGACAGGUGACGGAGCGAGCCACUCUCUUCCGCAUCACCUCCAACGCCAUGAUCAACGCCUGUCGGGACUUCCUGGCGUUGGCUCAGGCUCACAGUAAGCGCUGGCAGAAAGCCCUACAGGCCGAGAGAGAGCAGAGAGUGCGACUGGAGGAGACACUGGAGCAGCUCGCCAAACAACACAACCAUCUGGAGAGAGCCUUCAGAGGAGCGACCGUACUGCCUCCUUCCCAGAGCAACCCUGCUAUAGACAGCAAAGGCCCAGUUCCAGGAAAGGGCGACGCCAGUGACGAGGACGAGGAGAAUGAAUUCUUCGACGCGUGUGAGGACGUUCAAGAGUUUAUCACUGUACCAGCAGACCCCAAAUACCACAGGAGAUCCGGCAGCAAUGUCAGCGGAAUCAGUAGCGAGCUGGGAAUGGACGACGGAACGACGUCGCUAGACGAGCAGUCUCUGGCAUCCAAUCCCGAAUCUCCUCAGUCCCAGGAAGUAGUGCCUGUGAGAAAGAGGCGGACCCGAAUCCCAGAUAAACCAAAUUACUCUCUCAAUCUGUGGAGCAUCAUGAAGAACUGUAUUGGAAAAGAACUCUCCAAAAUCCCUAUGCCUGUGAACUUCAACGAGCCCCUGUCCAUGCUGCAGCGUCUCUCCGAGGAUCUGGAGUACUACGAGCUGCUGGACCGGGCCGCCAAGUGCCAGAGCUCCCUGGAGCAAAUGUGCUACGUGGCAGCUUUCACCGUUUCCUCUUACUCCACUACAGUUCACCGCACGGGCAAACCUUUCAACCCUCUGCUAGGAGAGACAUUUGAGCUGGACCGUGUGCAGGAGAGCGGCUACAGGUCCCUCUGUGAGCAGGUAAGUCAUCACCCUCCGGCUGCGGCCCAUCACGCGAUCUCCGAGCGAGGCUGGACCCUGAGACAGGAGAUCGCUCUGGCCAGCAAGUUCAGAGGAAAAUAUCUUUCCAUCAUGCCCCUGGGUUCUAUUCACUGUAUCUUUGAGAAGAGCAACAAUCACUACACCUGGAAGAAAGUCACAACCACAGUGCACAAUAUCAUUGUCGGGAAACUCUGGAUAGAUCAGUCAGGAGAAAUAGAUGUUGUGAAUCACAGAACGGGCGACCGCUGUCAUCUCAAAUUCGCCCCGUACAGCUACUUCUCCCGAGACGUGGCCAGAAAGGUCACGGGGGUGGUGACGGAUAAGGAUGGGAAAGCGCACUAUGUUCUGUCCGGGACGUGGGACGAGAAGAUGGAAUGCUCUCGUGUGAUGCAAAGCAGCAGAGGAGGAGAAAACGGGGCCGACGGACGACAGAAAACCGUCUAUCAGACGCUUAAAGCCAAAGAGCUGUGGAGGAAGACUCCGCUGCCGGAAGGCGCUGAAAACAUGUACUACUUCUCGACCCUGGCCUUGACAUUGAACGAGCAGGAGGAGGGCGUCGCUCCCACGGAUAGCAGGAGGCGUCCGGACCAACGUCUGAUGGAACAGGGCCGCUGGGAGGAGGCCAACGCUGAGAAACAAAGACUGGAGGAGAAGCAGCGCACAGCCCGCCGAGAGAGGGAGCGAGAGGCCAACCGCGCCACCAACCCUUCAGAAGAGGGUAAGGAGCCAGCGGACGGGGCUCUCAUUGAGGACUCCAUAUCUGACUCGCCUCUAAAAACUGAAGAAGUCGAGAUUGCCAGUGAGCCUUCUGAGACCACUUACAAAACUGAAACACUGCAUGGUUCACACCCGCCAGCAUACUCAAGUGGUCACCAGGACAACUACAGGCCCAUGUGGUUCGAGCGGCAGGUUGACCCGAAGACAGGAGAGCCCACGCACAUCUACAGAGGAGGAUACUGGGAGGCCAAGGAGCAGGGCAGCUGGGACUCCUGCCCAGAUAUCUUCUGAUCCCAAUCACGCACAUGCCCCACGAUGCCCUCACUGUUUCCCGGAAAAAAAAAAAAAAAACAAAAUCACCCCUUCUCUUUUCCCGUAUCGUAGUAUAUUGAGCCACACGUCCUCUCUUUCGCCAGCCGUGCUCUACUCAGUGGACAAUAAGGGACACUUGUCCGGGAACGUCCUCCCACCACCAUCCACUGUGUGUCUCUCUCUAUUCUCCUCGUGUUCACGGGAUUAUUAAUGCAUAGGUUUCAUGGUUCAGUAAACGCUAGCGUUAGGUAAAAAAAGAACGUAUCCUUCCGAAUCCCUUUCCCGCUCCACACGUCUUCCUCAAGCUGUGGACGUCACAUCCUUAAACACCCGGGGGAUAUGAAGGCCUGUUUGCUCAUGAGCGUGUGUGAGAGUUUAGAGAAGCGCUGUAAUUGCUUUUUCUUUGCAUUGAGCGUGUUUGUGUGAGAGAUGUAGUUUAAGAGCUCGCCUUGGUUUGUGGAUUUUAAAAGAGUAGUUCGCACAAAUAUAAAAGAUCUGUCAUUGCUUAUUCGCCACCCUAUUUCUUUUCCAAAACAAGCUUUUUUU